UUGGACGACGCUGAAAGCGAAAAGGUCGGACAACAGAGGGUCUGCCAUGUGAAAAUUAUUUUAAAAACUACAAUUGCUACCCGGAAAUGGCGUCAGUGUGAUCAGAAGUGAUGUCAAAGUCGUUUUGUUGACAUUUGUUGGCGAAAGACAAAAACAGUGCACACGCACAGGUUGAUGUAUUUUUGGAAAUCAAGUAACGGACCUCGGAACCGACCGAAGACAGCCGUGUUGUAACUGAAACGAAGUUGUGUGAGAUAAACGAGCUCUCGUGAAGAGGUGGACUCUGAGCAGCAAACACUAAAAAAAGGGAUAAAGAUCAGCAGAUGAGCCGACGGCAGACGGGAACAAAACAAACCGUGUCACCCUGACUACAAGACUGGCUGAAUCAUUCACAGGUUAGCCAGCCGCUGCACAGUCUUUUGGCUCAGGUAGUAAUCUUUUAUGAACGUAAGGGACGCUCAUUACUAACUAUACGGAAGCUUCAUGUGCUGAAUUUUUAACUCCAACGCAGAAUUUUACUUGUCAUCAUGGUCGUGUAGGGUUACACAAGCGCCGUCCGUUAGUGGAGCAGGUUAGCAGGCUAAUGUUAGCUGUAGCUAUCCUUUCUUCUUGGAGUGCUCGAGCUGCUAAGUAGCUAGCUGCAGGAUGUAGUUGUGGUUGCUAGUCUGCUUUCGUUUCGUAUAGUAUUUAGUACAAGUAGCUCGUUAGUUGUGGAGGGGUGACCUGAAGAAUGUGAAGCACAAUGGCCAACUUUGAAGCUUACCAGGAGUAUCAGAGAAUUGAUGACUACGAGGAGGACUCACCACCAGGAGAGGAAGAUUUACUGGUUCACGUGCCUGAGGGCCUAAAAGACUCAUGGCACCAUAUCAAGAACCUGGAUAACUUCUUUACAAGGAUCUAUCAUUUUCAUCAAAAAAAUGGCUUUGCCUGUAUGAUGUUGUCCGAGUUCUUUGAACUUGCUCAGCUUUUGUUUGUUGUCACAUUCACAACGUUCCUUGUCAACUGCGUGGAAUACGAUGUCCUGUUUGCCAAUCGAGCGGUCAACCACACAGGGCCAAUCCAGAACCCUUUGGACCGGAACAAAGUCACACUGCCAGAUGCCAUCCUACCAACUCAGGAGUGCACUGCAAGGAUUCAAGAGAACAGCUGGAUCAUAUUCCUUCUCAUCAUGGCUGCUAUAUUCUGGAUCUAUCGUCUUGUUAAGGUCAUUUGCAAUUUUUUGAACUACUGGGAGAUCAGGCAGUUCUACAUCAAAGCACUGAAGAUCAGAAUGGAUGAACUAUGCAACUACACAUGGCAGGAAGUCCAAGACCGUCUAAUCAGCCUCCAGAGGGAACAGCAAAUGUGCAUUCACAAGAAAGAGCUGACAGAACUUGAUAUUUAUCACCGGAUCCUACGUUUUAAGAACUACAUGGUGGCCAUGAUAAACAAAUCCCUGCUGCCGGUGCACCUGCAGCUCCCCCUGCUGGGCAAUGUGGUCUUUCUAACCCAGGGUCUGAAGUACAACUUUGAACUCAUCCUUUUCUGGGGCCCUGGCUCACUCUUUCAGAAUAAGUGGAACCUGCACCCCAAGUACAAGCGCAGUGGAAACCGCCUGGAGCUUGCCCAGCAGCUCAGCAGGGUCAUCCUCCUGAUGGGUUUGGCCAAUUUACUGCUAUGUCCCUUCAUCCUAGUGUGGCAGGUGCUCUAUGCUUUCUUCAGCUACACAGAAGUGAUCCGCAGAGAACCUGGGAGCUUGGGCGCACGCCGCUGGUCCCUCUACGGUCGUUUAUACCUGCGUCACUUCAAUGAGCUGGACCAUGAGCUGCACGGGCGUUUGGGUCGUGGCUACAAACCCACUUCCAAGUACAUGAACUCGUUUACAUCGCCACUGCUGACUGUGAUUGCUAAGAACAUUGCCUUCUUCUCAGGCUCAGUGCUGGCUGUUCUCAUCGUACUUACAGUGUAUGAUGAGGAUGUUCUGACAGUGCAGCACAUUCUGACUGCUAUCACUGUGCUGGGGGUGACUAUAACUAUCGCAAGGUCUUUCAUCCCAGAUGAGCAUAUGGCGUGGUGUCCAGAACAGCUGCUGCAGUGUGUGCUGGCACACAUUCACUAUAUGCCAGACCACUGGAGGGGCAACGCUAACAAGAGUGAGACUCGUGACGAGGUGGCACAGCUGUUCCAGUACAAAGCGGUGUUCAUCUUGGAGGAGUUGCUCAGUCCUAUUGUCACACCCUUCAUUCUCAUCUUCCUCUUGAGAAACAAGUCUCUAGAAAUCAUUGACUUCUUCAGGAACUUCACCGUGGAGGUCGUUGGAGUUGGAGACAUCUGUUCCUUUGCCCAGAUGGACAUCAGACGCCAUGGAAACCCAACAUGGCUGUCAGAAGGGCAGACAGAGGCAUCUGUGUACCAGCAGGCUGAAAAUGGCAAAACGGAGCUGUCCCUCAUGCAUUUCACCAUAAAGAAUCCACGGUGGCAGCCCCCUCAGGAGAGCUCAGUGUUUAUCAGCCAUUUAAAGGAGAAGGUGCACCAUGAUGCACAGGCCGGCCCCUCCACUCAGCUGCUGCUUUCAGAGGCGCCUCUCUGCACCUCGCUGCAGUCCAACGAGUCUGGCACUGGGGCUGAUAAUCUUUUGGCCAGUGUCCUGGCUCACCCCAUUAUAACUGCAUCUGGACUGCAAGGGCGAGACCAUCGGCUCAUCCCACCAAGUACCGCUGCUUCUGCUGCAGCCAGCGUUCUUGCCUCUUUGUCCACAUCUCAGCUCGCGCAUACCAGUCGUGGGCGGUCACACGGCCUCCUGCCCUCCUCCGUCCACCCCGAGACUACCAUGUACCACAGUGAGCGCACCAUAAUUGACAGUAUGUCUAACAGUGACUCUCGCGUCCGGAGCAAUGCACUGCAGUCAGAGUUUGCCUCAGCCGAGAUGAGUCUCCAUGCCAUCUACAUGCAUGAGCUCCACCAGCAGAGCUCCCACCCACCAAGAACUUCAGGCCAGUGGCAUAAUCCAGUGCCAAUGAGAGACCUGCACACACACACUGGUUACCAGGCACACAGCGGCCUCAGUUCCAGCAUUUCUGUGCCCACCACUGUCCAUCUUGGUGGCUGGCAAGAGGUAGAAGAAGAGGAAGAAGACGAUCAGGAGAUUAAUAGUGGAUCUACUCCAAAACAGGGCACUGGGGGUAGUUGUUGAAGUGCCUUUUGUCAUAAGGUAUAUGCUCACAUUUCAAUGCUCUGUGGUUCUGUAUUUUUGGGCAUUGUUUGUCCUGAAGCUACAAUGCCGUGAUCACUUCUCUUCUUCUUUUUUUUGUGUUUUUGUUUUGUUUGUUUUGUUUUUUAGUGUUUACAUUUUACUUUCUUCAACGAACGUUGUGGCCUUAGAUGAUCUUCAUGGAGAAUUUAGCAUGGACCUUUAAUACACCAUUCAGCGUUUUUAGGAGGGACUCAUUGAAUAACCACAGUCUCUGCACCUCUAUGCCUCAUCCUGUCAUAUCAGGCAGACUAUGGCAUCAGGGAAACCAUAUGUCUUCCGUCCACGUUAUCACAAUUUUCUUAUCAACUUGUAGGAACUUUUCCCGAAGCUCGUAUGACAGAAAGAUCGAUGAGGUGUAGUGUAAUCAUAGAUGCACCGUGCGACGAUGGGUGCGAAACGCGAAAGGUUCAUCACAACUUCUGCUGCGCACAAAUCGAGUAUUUGAGCAUCACAGGGUAUUACGGUGCAAGUAUAAUUGAAGUUUUCCACGGAAUAGUGUCUCAAUCUGUGCCGCAGCAUGAAGUCUGCAAAUUGUAUCUUGUCUGCCUGAACAAUUUCAGUCAUCUGGGC